CGCCGCCACCUCGGUCCGCGAUCGGCCGGCCCCGGGGAAGGAAGAAAGGAGCGCAGGAGGCGGAGGCAUGGAUCCUCAGCCCCCUCCGCCUGCCCAGGGCAGCCCACCUCACCGUGGCCGAGGCCGGGGCCGGGGCCGGACAGGCCGAGGCCGUGGUCGAGGUCGUGGCCGUGGCAGGGGGGGCGCUGGAACCCCUCGGGCACCUCUGCCCUGUCCUACCUGUGGCCGCCUCUUCCGUUUCCCCUACUACCUCUCCAGGCACCGGCUGAGCCACUCGGGCCUCCGGCCGCACGCCUGUCCUCUGUGUCCCAAGGCCUUCCGGAGGCCUGCCCACCUGUCCCGCCACCUGCGUGGCCACGGCCCCCAGCCCCCGCUGCGCUGCGCCGCCUGCCCGCGCACCUUCCCCGAGCCCGCCCAGCUUAGGCGCCACCUGGCCCAGGAGCACGCAGGGGGCGAAGUGGAGCUGGUCACCGAGAGGGUAGUGAAGGAGGAGGAGGAGGAGGAGGAGGAGGCUGAGAUCAGCUGGGGUCCUCAGGACGAGGGCGUGGAGCAGCCCACCCCUGCUGUAGCCCGGGCAGAGGAGGAGGAGGAGGAGGAGGCGGAGGCGGCGACAACUUGGCCAGAGACGUGGCCAGCGGCAGAGCCACCGGCCCCGGUGGAGGCACCACCCUCGAGUAUCGAACCCCGGGUGUCCGAGGCCGAGGAGGCGGAGGCCGGGGCAGCCGAGCUGCGGGCCGAGUUGGCGUUGGCCGCAGGGCGGCAGGAGGAGAAACAGGUCCUUCUCCAGGCCGACUGGACACUGCUGUGCCUCCGCUGUCGCGAAGCCUUUGCCACCAAGGGCGAGCUCAAAGCGCACCCAUGCCUGCGCCCCGAGGGCGAGCAGGAGGGCGAAGGGGGACCCCCGCCACGCCCCAAGCGACAUCAGUGCUCCAUCUGCCUCAAGGCCUUCGCCAGGCCCUGGUCCCUGUCGCGCCACCGGCUUGUCCACUCCACCGACCGUCCAUUUGUGUGCCCAGACUGUGGCCUGGCCUUCCGCCUCGCCUCCUACCUUCGCCAGCAUCGCCGCGUCCACGGCCCGCUCAGCCUGCUGGCACCGCUGCCCGGGGCUGGCAAGAAGGACGACAAGGCCUCGGGUGGACGGAACUCAGGAAAAGGUCCCGAGGGAGGCGAAGGAGCCGAAUGUGGGGGUGCCUCAGCGGGGGGUGAAGAUGGGCAGAAUGGGGGAGAUGCUGCCCCAGCCCGACCCCCUGCAGGGGAGCCACGUUUCUGGUGUCCCGAGUGUGGCAAAGGUUUUCGGCGCCGGGCACACCUUCGUCAACAUGGGGUGACCCAUUCCGGGGCGCGCCCCUUCCAGUGCGUGCGCUGCCAACGAGAGUUCAAACGCCUGGCGGACCUGGCCCGUCACGCUCAAGUUCACGCGGGGGGCCCUGCGCCGCAUCCGUGCCCACGCUGCCCACGGCGCUUCUCCAGGGCCUACAGCCUCUUGCGCCACCAGCGUUGCCACCGCGCGGAGCUGGAAAGGGCAGAGUUGGAGAGGGUGGCGGCGCUGCAGGCUCUGCAGACCCAGGCUUCACAGUCGCCGCCGACCCUGCCUCUUAAGCAGGAGGCAGAAGGGCUACCUCUGCCCAUGGCACACAUCAAGGAAGAGCCGCCCUCGCCGGGCACCCCACCCCAGUCCCCACCGCCUCCCCCGGUCUUCCUCAGCGCCUCCUGUUUUGACAGCCAAGACCACUCAGCCUUCGAGAUGGAGGAUGACGAGGUGGACAGCAAAGCCCACCUACGAGGGCUGGGGGGCCUGACCUCCUGACCCUCACACUCACCCUGGGCCCCUCCAGUUGAGCUCUCUCUGGGUUUGCAGUAAGAAGGGGGGAAGUUGAAGGGGAGAGAGGCAUCGCCUCUGCCUGCCCCUCAAGCCCUUGACACUAAGGAGAGGAUGCCCUGGUCACCCACCCUCCCCAUUACCUACCCCCAGGCCCUUGAUGCUGGUUAGGAACCGCUCACCCCAACACGUGUCUUAAGUAAGGCAGGACGUCUUGGAAAAGGAGGCGGAGGACGCUCGGCCAGAAGGAUGCAGGCUGGUGGGUUUGCUCCAGCCUGCCUCUCCUUCCAUGACACACUGGACACCAUCCACCUCUUUGGACCUGAACUGCCAGACCCUGGGGGUUGCCAGUGGGCAAAGGCCUGUCCCAGUUCCUCUUGUCUGUGAAUAAAUGUGAGUUCGUGAAA